AGAAGUGAAAGUAAGGAAAUAAAUACCAAGAAAAUGAAAUUGACAACCGCAACGCAACAUAUAUUAUUCAAAUUACCUUGGGCAAGAUAUUACACGUCUCAAACACUUAAACAAAAUCCAGUAAAAAAUCCUAAAAAGAUGGCGGGAAAAUUAAGUGCAGAUGACCGCAAAGAAAAAUUACCAGUUUUGUUUUCGAAGGGAUGGACACUUCAAGAAAAUCGAGAUGCCAUUUAUAAAGAAUUCUUAUUUAAGGACUUUAAUGAGGCAUUUGGUUUUAUGACUCAAAUUGCUCUAAAAGCAGAAAAAAUGGAUCAUCACCCUGAAUGGUUUAAUGUCUACAAUAAGGUUCAAAUAACAUUAUCAUCUCAUGAUGUAAAUGGCUUAUCAAAACGAGAUGUUACCUUAGCCAAUUUUUCGGAAAAAGUAGCAGCUGGAAUAUUGACACCCAACGAACCUCUAUAAACUUACAUUAAGAUUGACAAUAACAUUAUACUAUGAAGAACUGUGAUCUCUUGCUUCGUUAAUUUAACGAUUUCGUUGAAAUGACGAAAAUGCGCUUACUUAAUAGAUUUAUGUUGUAUUAAUUUUAAUAUCUUUAUCUAAGAGCGUUUUCAUAAUUUCAUUCGAAAAACAUUAAAUUGACAAAGCAAAAAAACCCUGUCGCCAUAAUUUAAUAAGCCCUAUUACCAAAAAACAAAAUUUUACAGUAAAUAAGAAAAACAAAUAUUUUACCAAAUUUUUAAGAAAUAGUUGAAUUAGGACGAUCCAAAACGAUCUCAAAGUUUCAAAAAAAGAUGUAUAUUUCGAAUCGCUAAAAAAAAGCUUUCGAAAUUUGGUGGGAGUAUAGCAUUCGUUAAAUGGUUGGAGUUAGAGCCUUUUAAAUUAUGACGACAGAGCACAGUUAUGAAAGGAUCUGUACAAUAAACUGAAUUUUAGUAUUUUAAGGAUCAAUGUUUAUCGAUUAUUUAAGAUAGAACGAACUCUCAUUUUGAUGAGUUUCUUUUAAAUUUUUUAUACUAUUUUUGUCAACACCCUGUAUAUUUUAGAUAAAAUUGUAUUUACGUUAAAUACUUAAAAUAAUUUACUUUGGCGUUUGAGUAAAUAUAUUGAGUUUAAAUAUUAAA